CAUGAUGCGUAACCGCCUAUUAUUGUUGCCUUACUCUGCGGCCAAUCAACUGAUGAUUUGAUGAAGUUUGUGCAAAUUUAAAAAUAUAUGAAUAGAGUUGACAAUCCAAUAUGGCAGGAAAAACUUUCUAUAAAUACCCUUAGCUUGAUGGAACAUGUUCAUCAUCAUCACAGUGGAGAUUUGUCUUUUCUAAUCAGUAAUUAAAAAGAAUCUCUGAAUUCUUUUCUUUUGUAUUCUUUCUCUGCUUCUUCUUAAUUGUUGAAAUGGCAAUUCCAGUGAUUGAUUUCUCUAAGCUCAAUGGGGAGGAGAGAGCCAAAACAUUGGCUCAGAUUGCAAAUGGUUGUGAAGAAUGGGGAUUCUUCCAGUUGGUGAACCAUGGGAUUCCUGAGGAACUCCUGGAGAAGGUGAAGAAGGUGUCUUCGGAGUGCUACAAGAAUGAAAGAGAGGAAGGUUUCAAGAACUCAAAGAAAGUUAAAAUGCUGGAAGAAUUGGUUGAGAAGAACAGUAAUGAAAGACUGGAAAAUGUAGAUUGGGAAGAUGUCUUCCUUCUCUCUGAUGAGAAUGAAAAUGAGUGGCCAUCAAAAACUGCUGAAUUCAAGGAGACCAUGAAGGAAUACAGAGCUGAACUAAGGAAACUGGCUGCAAAAGUAAUGGAAAUCAUGGAUGAGAACUUAGGAUUACCAAAAGGGUACAUCAAAAAGGCAUUCAAUGGUGGCCAAAACGAAGAAGAAACUGCUUUUUUUGGUACUAAAGUCAGUCACUACCCACCAUGUCCCAACCCUGAGAAGGUAAUAGGCCUAAGAGCUCACACUGAUGCUGGAGGAGUCAUCUUGCUGUUCCAAGAUGAUGCAGUUGGUGGCCUCCAAAUCCUGAAAGACGGCGAAUGGAUCCACGUUCAACCUCUCCCUAAUUCGAUUGUCAUCAACACUGGUGAUCAGAUUGAAGUCCUAAGCAAUGGGAAAUACAAGAGUGCUUGGCACCGAGUUUUAGCCACCCCAGAUGGAAACAGAAGAUCCAUUGCUUCUUUCUAUAAUCCAUCACUCAAGGCUACCAUUUCUCCUGCACCUGAAUUGAUUGAAAAUUUGGCUGCUGAGAAGGAAGAAGCCAAAGAUUCAUCAUCAUCAUCAGCAGCAGCAGAAGCAUUAUAUCCAAAGUUUGUGUUUGGUGAUUACAUGAACAUUUAUGCUGCUCAGAAGUUCCUUCCCAAAGAACCAAGGUUUCAUGCUGUUAAAGCUACAUAAAUUUGGCUUACCAUGCAGAUUAUCAAAUAUACCAAAGAAGUAUUUUUUUCGAGUGUCUUGUUGGUUAUGGGCUGCUGAAAAAAAUGGUGUAUUUUAUUGGCCUUUGAUGUAUAAGCUGCAGCCUGAACAUUAGGUAAAAAGAGACAACAGAUGCUUUUGUAACUAGAAAUAUAUGUACUUCACUCUUUGUUUAUAUAUUGUUUCACAGUUUUGCCCACUUCUGGUUUCGGUCAAUAUGGUUUAAUCUAAAGUAAGC